AUGGCAUCACUUGUUCCUGUCGACAUAGAAAAGGACGGAGCUACCGAGGACGAAGGCGAAAUCAGAUGCAUUUGUGGUUUCCCUGACGAUGAUGGUUUCACCAUUCAAUGUGACCGAUGCUUCGUAUGGCAGCAUGCCAUCUGUGUUAAUAUCACUGCAAACACCGUACCUGAGCAGUAUCUUUGUGAGGAUUGCGACCCUCGUUGGCUGGAUGUCGAGAAUGCCAUUGCUCUUCAGGCUCGCAGAUUAAAGGAGGCUCGUGAGGGAAAGAAACUUCAGCCUAAAAAACUACCUGGAUUAGAACGUCAUCUAGACAAAAACUCGCCUCGAAAGAAAAAGGACAAUACAGAUGGACGACCAUUAGACUCGAAAAAGUCAAAAGUCAAGGCAAGGGUGAGAGAUGCUGCUGGUGGAAAUCCCAUUUCUGGACUUGCGACUGGUUCGCAUUAUUCAACCUUUUCGGCAGUCUUGUCCGACUCUCAUGGUGAUAUCAAUGUGCAUGGUAAUAUGGGCGGAUUACCACAAGUUUCUGUUCAAUCCAAUUCAAGUAAGCAUGUGGUUACACCUCCUCGAAAAAAGCACAAGGAGCGAGAGAAUGAUAAAUCUGCAGGAACUGGAGGAUCACACAAGCAUACUGGCCCACCAAACGAGUCUUCCUUGGGCAGUUCCUCUCAAUCACUUUUUGACUCAUCAUACACUGUCAACUCAUCUUCACGACCUGCUGGAUUGUUGCACCAUCUAACAAACAAUACAUCUAGACAUCAAAAAGAUCACACUACCGACUUGAAUGGAUCCAUUUCUCAUAUGAAUGAGCACACUAUAUCACACAAUGGAGACUCACUAAAACAGCGCGAUGCUUCUGCUCGUAAUCUGCUUUUAAACAACAGUCGAGGAACCACGCCAGAGCCUUUUAUUCGUCGUCGCCGAAAUAUUGUGGACGAGUCACGGCUGCAGUUUUCAUCCAUUUAUGAAGCAGAGUAUGCUGCAUUCAUUGACGAUUUUGCCGAAACUUCUACUGUUCAGUUUGCCUCUUUAGCCAUAGAGCGGCAUGUCACGUCCAUUCUACCACAGCUAUUCUCUGCUGCAUUGCUGUAUUUGAACCCUCCAUUAGAUAAAAAUUGCAUGGGGGUGCACUCUUGUAAUGUUUUUGUGGAUGGUAGUCGGCAAACAGCACAGUGUAAACCGAUUGCAAAACAUUCCAAGGCUGUCCUUGAUGAAUCUACUUUAAGCUCUACUGCACCUGAUCAAACUAUGAUUGUGGAGGAUGAUACACACUAUCUGGAUCAAGUAAGCUCGCCAAAAAAGCUACUAGUGGUAGAUGAUGAUACAGAAACAACUUCUACCACUAAUGAUAUGACUGAUUCUGGAUCUAGUGCCAAGUCCACCUCUGUCUUGGGAGCAGCAUCAACUACAGACAAGGAUGCAUUCGCUGCCGAUACUGACUUUUCACCACUUCCUUCACUACUUGCAAUGAAGGCGUCUGACUUGUCAUCUACUUACCCUAAUGCGGUAUAUUCCAUUGUAGAUGAAACUUUUCCUUCAGGUGCGCGUCAACGAGGUCUCUUUACUACACAUAGUAUUGCAGCCAAUCAAUUUAUUAGUGAAAUUUCUGGAGUUUUGUCUUGUGAUCAACAGCUGGAUGCUAAAGAGCGAUUUAUCUCUACUUUUCCAAUGCCACCUCCUUUAAAUACAACACUUUUACCGCCGUAUACGUUUUAUCACCCAUGUGAUGCAUUGAAGAUGAACGAUGAGACAUCGGGUUUAAAAUUGCCAAUCGCACUGGAUGCUCGAGAGGCAAGCACAGGAUCUGGUCGAUACGUUCGAUUCAGCUGUGGGUGUAAAAAUUCACCCGUUGCAAAUGCUCAAGUCCAUACAGUAGUUUGUGUAACAGGCCAAGAAUUCCGUGAAUUACAGUCUAAACAGAACAAAAAAUCUGUCGCGAGCUUAUCAAGCGAUGCAUCUACUGCCGAUACAUUGGGUCCUUUGUCAAAAGGUCAAGUUAUUUUAGAUGAUGAAAUGGAGCAUCCUGUUUUGCUGAAUGACAGAGUGCGGCUAUGUAUUUUUUCGACUGCCCCGAUCAAUAUGAAUGAGGAAGUAGUCUUGCACAUGGACUCGACUCGAUCCAUUUCAUUUCCCUGUGCGUGUUUGAAGAGCUCUACAAAAUGCACAGUUAUGGAUACUGUAAAUCGCAUUGAUAUGUUUCAAGAGCAUCAGGAUGAUUGGACUAGCGACACUACAAAUGCCGAGUAUUCUGCUAUUUUAAAUGCACGAGAUCAACUUCGAAAGCUUCGAAUUGAUUGUGAGCAACUUCAACAGAAGCGGUGGCUGAAAGGUGAUGAUUUAAUGCCAUCUUUAUUAUCGUAUGACCAUAAGGCGUCUCCAACUGAAGCACAUCACAACCGCAAGCAUGAUAUUGAUGCAACUGACGACGAUCCUAAUACCAAGCGUAUCAAACUGGACCCUGAUGUAGCCGUUCCGAGUGUAUUGACGUCAAAUCAACUUAUGAUCAAGCCUGUUGGAUGUAAAAAGGCAUGGAUGAAAACCUAUACUGAAAAUAUUGAAAAGCCUAUAAUGCUGCGAGAAUCAUCUUUUGAGGACACUUCACGGUCUAAUUUGCCUUGUGAUGACACUGGUCUGCCCUUUGUCGCCAACAAUGACUUGACCUCUGAUGGUGGUGAGCAAGAUGGUCUUUUUUCUUCAAACAACACUACGAGCGCAGUUGGCGACGAUUUUUUAGUAGAUUCAUAUCCAGCUGCCGCAGAAAAUACCGCGACAAGUGAAAAUGAUAUUGAAGAGCCAGCUCCUGUUCGUCGAGUGUCAUUUAGAGAUUUUAUGCUUAAACGUGGUCAAGCUCAUUCAACUAAUUUAAAUCCUCCUAUUGCCGAGGAAGGCAUGGCGGAUAUAAGCAUGAAUGAGCAAUCAUUUGUUGCAGCAAAUGACUCGAUUGAGGAAAAUGCUUUGGAAUCACCGACUGGUUUAAACAGCAAGCCUGCUUCUUCAGCAGCUAUUCUUGCAGAUAAUUUAAUGGAAAUAGACUCUAAAAUCGAAGCCGGUACCAAUACCACAUCAUCAAACAUUGUCAAUGUACAUUCUACUUUAACAUCAGAGUCCAGCAUAGUUGAUACGAUACAACAAGCUCCAAAACUAGAGGAGAAUCACGUUGGCUUUUUGCAAAAAUAUCAUACUCUUGUUUCAAGACACAAGGAGAUCCAUGUUGGUGCUGAUGCUGCUACUUUGGAUGCAACUCCUGAAACGACGACGAUGAUUGAUCCUGUUUCUGUACCAAGCGCUUUUAAACAUCCUGCUACUCAUGUUGAUGGUGAUCAACUUUUCCCUGUAAACCUAUCAUCUAGCCUCACUACUGUCAAAUCGGAACCUGUGUAUACAGUGGCAACAUUGCAUAAAGAUUUUGUCGAUACCCAAAAAGAGGACAAAACUACCAUUUCUGACUCAGUCGUGCUCAGUCCUAGUUUGCAUAAGAUACCAGCUUUGGACAUUACAUCCAAAAGCAAUGGGGAUACCGCAGCACCAACAGUUAAACAAGAACUAUCUUUUGAAUCCAAGAAAUCACCUACGUUGAUUCAUACAACAGGCACUACCGACACACAUGAGGACCCAGUAACAGAUGAUCGCGCUUUAUUAUAUGCUAGUACUUAUGCCUCUCAAUCCGAGUACAAGCCUCACCUGAAUUCAUCAGCAGACUAUGAUCCAUUAUUGCGACUUGAUUCGCCUUCUACACAACUUAAACCGGAUCAUGUCACAGAGACUGGUUUCCACGACAGCUCCACAUCCAAAGGAUCUUCUUCAAUAUAUAGUGGUGGCUAUAGAUCUUAUACUCAUCGUCCACCAUCACCAUAUCGUGAUCGUUUAGCCUCGGUAGAUCGAAGGCGAUUCGAUCGGUCGAUGGGUGGUGAUACAGCUCAAUUAGGAUCAAACGGUUCAGGAUUGUGGGGAGAUCGACGCAAUACUACUUCAGUUUCUUUGUUUUCAAGAGAAAGUGGAGAGUAUAAUGCUGAAGAAACUGGGUCUGGUAUAUCUGCAUCUAGAAACCGACAUGCAGCACCCUAUGAGCCACGGUAUGCAUCUAGUGGAUGGGGACGAGAUUUUGAUGCACGUGGUGGUAACAGUGGGGUCAUGCAAGCGUCACUUCCACCACCACCGCCUCCUAGUUAUUUGCAUAUGACCUCGGGCGAUCGAGGCAGAGGAUCCACUGACCGCGGGAUGCGUCUUCGUCGUGAUCGUAGUAGAAGCUCUAGUCGCAGCAAAGAUCAAAAUCUUGAGCAUAUGCGUGACCGACUUCGAGACCGUGAAAGAGAGUUUGAUACACGAUUAGAGUAUGACCGUGAAUGGGAUUCAAGAGGCAUGGAGACAGGUGGGCGUGAUCGAAACCGGGAUCGACAUCGAGACUUUGGUGUUGAUAGAGAGUAUGAUCGCAGCAAAGUGCGCGAGUAUCCAUAUGGCAAUAGUCGAUAUGGUGGUGGAGUUUCUACUUCAGGUGGUACAUAUGGUGAUGGAGAUGUCAGUCCACGUAGACUAUCUGUGUCGCCUUAUGUUUCUGGUAAUCGGAAUGGAGCGAGUCCUAUUGGCGAUCGUGGUCCAGUAAGAAGGCCUGCAUAUGGCACGGGUUUCAAGAGGAGCAAGGGAAAAUCGCCUUCCAAAUCACCCUCUCGGUCACCUGAGCGGUCCGACUCUCGUUCUCCACCACCCACAUCGAGACCCCCACUUUCUGAGUACCAUGAGCCUGUGAGAAAACGAAAAUCAUCCUUGUCACCUUCACCGCGAUCCAUGCGGGUAAACUCGCAUGGAAGCAGUAGUGGAAGCGCGGGAGUAUUUGCACCACUUGCCUCUGGUAUGGCAGCAGAGGGUACUGAUUCCAAUGAACGAAGCAAAGUAUCAUCACCACUUGCUCCAUCCAUACCAUCAGCGGAAAUGCCACAUCAGUCCUCUGGUGGUGCUGGCCAAUAUCCGACAGGAACCACUACUGCUGGACAAGCAAGCGCAGGAAUAGCAUAUUCACGAAAGUAUGGACCGCCGCCUUUGACUGGAGUAAGUCCAUAUGGUCGUCGCUCACGAGAUCGAUAUGCCAGCGGGUCAGACGUGCCAUCAUCCAAUGCAUCCUAUAGAGGGUAUGAUCGAAGUAAUGGUGAAGAGAGUGGUAUGCGUGGAUUACAUUCUGGCGUGUUAUCCAACAACGGCGGUGGUACAGGUGGGACUAGUUCUGGAUAUCGGUCAGGAUGGACGACAGGAAGAGAAGGAGUAGAUCGAGAGCGAGACUUGAGAGAAUCACUGCGUGAUCAUCGCGGACGAGACCGUGACUGGGAUCGUAGACUGGACUGAUUUGUCGACAGAUAGGAUUGGUGGUUUGGUCAGGAUAAUAAAUAUAUUGUUAAUCAU